UCUCUCUCUUAGCAUUUUCUAAAUUUAAAAGAGAUGGGAAGCAAAAGUGAUACUAUAGCCAGUUACCAAGAAACUGGCAGCAACGGGCUGAAACCAAGCGGAGCCGUCUGAUUGAAAACGACAACGUGUUUUUGGCCGUGAACCCCGAGAGAGAAUACGGUCAAACGUUUCCAAACCCCAGACGGCGCCGCCUCUUCAAUUCAAAACGCGUCCAUUACGCCACUUUCUUCGUCGGUUUUGUCAUCAUUUUCCCAUUUCCCUUCACUUUCCCUUUUUGUUUUUGGUUUAUUUUUCUAUUUUGGCAGAAACGGUUUUCAUUUUUUAUUUACAAUUGAUUAUUCGGUGCUUUUUAAGGUUUACUGUACUUGAUUCGUUUCAAAUUUUUUAAUAUCCGUUGAUCUCUCUUCUCUCUUUCAACGCACUUACGCGCCUCUUAUUUGUAGUCUUUUCUUUUAGCAUCUCUCUCCCUUCCUCUCUGUCUCCGUGGUAUUUCUUGAAUAGAUUCAAUUAUCAAGCGACCCUUUGGUGGCUUUUGGGGAUCAAGGGAAAAGAUGGCUGAGUCCAAACCGGAACAACCUUUGAUCCCAUCAUCAUCAUCAUCAUCAUCAUCAUCUCGAAACCUUCCUGAUUUUAAGAAAUCCGUUAAGCUAAAAUAUGUGAAGCUGGGAUACCAUUACCUAAUCACCCAUGGAAUGUACCUCUUCCUUUCCCCUCUUGUAGUUGUAAUAGCUGCACAGCUCUCAACAUUUUCUAUCCAGGACCUUUAUGAUCUUUGGGAGCAUCUUCAAUACAACCUCAUUUCUGUGAUCAUCUGCUCUACUCUUCUUGUUUUCCUAUCAACCCUCUACUUUCUAACUCGGCCCCGUCCUGUUUACCUUGUUAAUUUUGCUUGCUACAAACCAGAGGAAUCUCGGAAAUGCACAAAGAGGAUCUUCAUGGAUCAGUCUCGAAUGACUGGUACAUUUACAGAGGAGAAUCUCGAGUUUCAGCGUAAGAUCCUUGAAAGAUCUGGACUUGGGGAUUCAACUUACCUUCCAGAGGCAGUCCUCAAUAUUCCCCCUAACCCAUCAAUGCAAGAAGCUAGGAAAGAGGCAGAGGCUGUAAUGUUUGGUGCUAUUGAUGAACUUUUGGCUAAGACCGCUGUAAAACCCAAAGAUAUUGGAAUUUUAGUUGUAAAUUGUAGCUUGUUCAAUCCAACACCGUCAUUGUCUGCCAUGGUUAUCAACCAUUACAAGCUUCGAGGAAAUAUACAAAGUUACAAUUUGGGAGGAAUGGGCUGUAGUGCAGGUUUAAUUUCAAUAGAUCUUGCUAAAAAUCUUCUUCAAGUCCAUCCCAACUCCUAUGCAUUGGUUAUCAGCAUGGAGAACAUCACCUUGAACUGGUAUUUUGGGAAUGAUCGCUCAAAACUUGUUUCAAACUGCUUGUUUAGGAUGGGAGGCGCUGCAAUAUUGCUCUCAAACAAACGCUCUGACAGAAGAAGAUCCAAAUAUGAAUUGGUUCACACUGUGCGCACUCACAAGGGUGCUGAUGAUAAGUGCUUUUCCUGUGUUACCCAGGAAGAAGACUCUGCGGGGAAGGUUGGUGUUACAUUGUCAAAGGAUCUGAUGGCAGUUGCUGGUGAUGCUUUGAAGACCAACAUCACCACAUUGGGACCUCUGGUCUUGCCAAUGUCCGAGCAGCUGCUUUUCUUUGGUACAUUGGUUGGGAAGAAACUAUUUAAAAUGAAAGUUAAGCCAUACAUUCCAGAUUUCAAGCUAGCUUUUGAGCAUUUCUGCAUUCAUGCUGGAGGAAGAGCCGUUUUAGAUGAACUGGAGAAGAAUUUGCAGCUGUCUGAGUGGCACAUGGAACCAUCAAGAAUGACUCUUUACCGAUUUGGCAAUACCUCCAGCAGUUCUCUUUGGUAUGAAUUGGCUUAUUCAGAAGCUAAGGGUAGGAUUAGGAAGGGGGAUAGAACAUGGCAAAUAGCAUUUGGUUCCGGAUUCAAGUGUAACAGUGCAGUGUGGAAGGCUUUGAGGACAGUGAAUCCAGCUAAGGAGAAAAACCCAUGGAUGGAUGAGAUCGAUAGAUUCCCUGUUGAUGUCCCAAGGGUCUCAUCCAUCUAAAUUCAGGAAUCAGUUGCUGCGGGCUUCAUGUAAUGCUGUCUUACUUUUGUGAUUCAUCCUUUCCAUGACAGGAUGACUAGUAGUUUCAGCGCAUUGAGUGCAGGACAUCUUGCAUUUAUUAUCUAGUUUUUAGUUAUUUCAGGGCUGUACCAUUGUGCAGCUUGAGUGAGAUUAAUUCUUGGUGUAACAACUUUGGGAAUCAUUGAUUUUAUGGGAAUAUUACUGGCUCGUUUUACUAAGAUCAAUUUGCGUGGCUUUUAUGUUUCUCAUCCUAUGAUCCAGAUAGAAACUGGGAUUGGAAGUUGUAAAUAAUUUAAUUUUUGAGCAGUUAUUUAGACUGGUGCUUUUGAUCUUUA